AUCUUACUAGUGCAGCACACGCGCGCCGGCUGAUGUGGCUGAACUUUAUAGACUGUCCACACAAAAAUAGAACAAGAAAAAGUCGCCGGCGUAAAACGCACUCAGUUGAUCUCUAUAAAGCAUUGUAACACAACAGUGCAGAGUUGUUGGGCUCUGCACCGCCGCUACGUGUCCUCCAUCAACAGCCUUCCUUCAUUGGCCACAAUCACCGGUGCACUUCGGUAGUUGAUGGGCCAUGGCCGAACCAUCGGUACCGGAAACUGGAUUGAGAGGGAAGAAGAUGUGGAGAAUGAUCUUUGCUGUUUCUGGAAUUAUGACUACUCUUGUCAUUUACGGUCUAUUACAGGAGAAGAUAAUGAGAGUCCCUUAUGGGGUAAACAGGGAGUAUUUUAGGUACUCACUAUUUCUUGUUUUCUGCAACCGCCUUACAACAUCAGCUGUCUCUGCUGGGUCUUUGUUGGCAAGUAAAAAAGCGUUGAAUCCUGUUGCUCCAGUUUAUAAGUAUUGUCUCGUAUCUGUCUCAAACAUUCUAACCACAACGUGUCAGUAUGAGGCCCUCAAGUAUGUAAGCUUCCCAGUUCAAACGCUUGCAAAGUGCGCUAAAAUGAUACCUGUUAUGAUUUGGGGGACUAUCAUCAUGCAAAAGAGAUACAAGGGACCUGACUAUUUGUUUGCUUUUCUAGUGACACUGGGUUGUUCAGUAUUUAUAUUAUUCCCGGCUGGAUCAGACAUUAGUCCAUACAACAGAGGGAGGGAAAACACUGUAUGGGGUGUUUCCUUGAUGAUCAGCUAUCUUGGGUUUGAUGGCUUUACAAGCACAUUUCAAGAUAAGUUAUUCAAAGGCUAUGAUAUGGAAAUACACAAUCAAAUAUUCUACACAGCAUUUUGUUCUUGUGUUCUCAGCUUCACAGGUCUAAUACUAGAAGGACAUCUACUUCCGGCAAUAGAUUUUGUUUAUCGCCAUAAUGAUUGUUUCUUUGACAUCUUGUUACUUUCUACUGUAGCUACCACCAGUCAGUUCUUCAUUUCUUACACAAUUCGCACAUUUGGUGCCCUCACAUUUGCCACCAUAAUGACCACAAGACAGCUGGUGAGCAUCAUGCUCUCAUGUGUGUGGUUUUCCCAUCCACUUAGCUGGGAACAGUGGAUCGGAUCAGUUAUUGUUUUUGGUUCCCUAUAUGUAAAAAGCUUCUUGAGAAAUGUACCGAAGCCUCAACCUCCUGAGCUUCCUAUGGAAAACAUGCAAAUUGUUGCUUCUGAUCCUGUGAAGGGGAACCCUUGAUAAAAUUCCUCAAUAAUAAUCUUCUGGCUUAACAAUGUUUUGCGGGAGUUGCAAUCAGCAGUUGCAACCUCUUAAUUGUCAAGUGAUAGAGGAAGCUUAAGUUAUAGGUGUAAAGCUGCAUUUUGGAGAUGGCGAACUUGGCACAAAAGGCAUGGCAGCAAAUACAGGUAACAGUAUUGAAGUUGAUAGAGUUGAAGAGAUAUUUGAUAACCCCUCAAUUUUUCGGUAGGGACAAUAACUAAAGAUAGACUACAGAAAGCAAGAAAAAGGUUUUUUUUUUUUUUUUAAUUAUUUUUUCCCAUUUGAUUUUUGUUUUGUUGUCCGCAUACAAAUGAUGUAGAAGAUGAAUUAGGCAUCAACUGAAUCAGCUUGUCUUUGUUGCACAUUGUUUUUUUUCUCUUAACAAAAAACAAGAUCAAAACGAAAGGAAAAAUAGAUGAAGCUUUUAUGAGUCAACUCAAAAUUGUGUCUGCCUUGGCUUGUAAACCAUUCAUGUUAUUUUGGUACGCUAUGUACUUGGUGCAAUUUUAGUGAUGAUGCAGAAAAAUAAAUAUU